AUGGAUUCAUCAUCAGGAGGAGGAGCAGUAGCAGGAGCAUCAUCUUCAGAACCUCCAACAACUUCUCCUACGGUUACCGUAACUACCGUACAACCGGAGGGAUCUUCACCACCGCCGCCACCGCCACAAGCUCCACCAAGCCGUUACGAAUCUCAAAAACGCCGUGACUGGAACACUUUCCUACAAUAUCUACAAAACCACAAGCCACCAUUGACUCUUGCAAGGUGCAGUGGCGCGCACGUGAUCGAGUUUUUGAAAUAUCUCGAUCAAUUCGGGAAGACAAAAGUUCAUGUUUCCGGUUGUCCGUAUUUUGGACAUCCGAAUCCUCCUGCUCCAUGCGCCUGUCCGCUCAAACAAGCUUGGGGAAGCCUUGAUGCGUUGAUCGGACGACUCAGGGCGGCCUACGAAGAAAACGGAGGCCGUCCUGAGUCCAAUCCGUUUGGCGCUAAAGCUGUGAGAAUUUACUUGAGGGAAGUGAGGGAAGGACAGGCUAAAGCUAGAGGGAUUCCUUAUGAGAAGAAGAAGAGGAAGAGGUCUGCAGUGACAGUGUCAGCUGUGAGUAGUAGUGGUGGUGGCGCUAACGAUGAUAGUGGAGGUGGUAACGGUGGUGCCGGUGAUAACACGGUUGUUGGUGGUGGUACAACUACAUCUACAACUACUGCAGCUAAUGCAAGUACUUCUUAG